GGGGCUUCUGACAUAGUUAUGGUCCCUGAGGGGCAAAUGUCACGUACCUGAACCACCGCAUCCAAUGCAAACCGCCCAAGGCUCGUAUUCAACCCCUGGACCAACUUCCCAACCAGGAAUACACGACCAGCUACAUCUUCGGAGUCUCCGACACAUACACCAAUUCCAGCAUAACAUGAAUCGCUUCAGCAGCCAGACCUGAGAUCUCCGAUGCCAAGGACCGCGACACCCAUAAAUAGGGCGGACCAGCCGGAUGUUUUACAUCGGCCCGUGGUCUUGGCUGUUCAUUCGUGAUGUCUCACCUGCCCGCUUAUGUGCAUGCAGAAAAACCUGAAUUUCAGACUUCAACCACUCGCUUCGAUAUUCUACAUUGACCACACGAUGCCCUCAAUUCUUCUUCUACUGAGGUCAGGCUAUAAAGCAUGCCUCAGACAAUCGACUCAUCUUGAUUUUUCACAACCCAUCUUCUCACUUACACUCCAAACACUAUGUUGACCUCCACUCUCGCCACCCUGGUGGCCCUGACCACCUCCACCACGGCCCUCCUGCACCCCCGCUCCAUCACACCUCCAGAUGGCUGCCCCCUCCCCACCUGGGAAGUCACCACUUUCCACUGGUUCAACGGCUCCAAAAGCCUCGACUGCAUCCACAACCAAGCCGACAUCAACUUCAAAGACUGUCUCUGCGGCGACUCUUGGUGCGCCCCCGACCCCGCCACCUGCAACGGCAGCAUGGUGAAUGUCUGCUGGACCGGCAUGCCCAAUUACCAGCCAUGGGGUUACGGUCCACCCGAGACCCUUGACAUCGACUUUGCCGAUGGAUUGACCUGCCACGAUGAGUACAUCGGCUAUCGGGUGCAUGAUAUCGGAAACGGCGCGUCAAAUUGCGGCUAUGCCGAUCGGGGUGAAGGACGGAUUGUCUCGUUCUAUGGCAGCUCGGACUAUGCCACUUCGACGGGACAUAUGGAUUAUGUGUUGGGAGAUGGACAUGCCUUGACGUGUGCGAAUGGCAGUUUGAUUACGUACUCGGGGAGUACGGAUUUUACAUUGACGUGCACGCAUGAUGCGUAUUUCAAUGCGACGUGCACUGCCCCGGUGUUUGAGAUUCCGGUGUUGAGUUAUGAGUGGAUUUCUUGAGCCUCGCAUGGGGAUUGAUUUGUUGUUGGAAAUGGGCAUCAUGAAGUCAAUGAAGUCCAGGAUUAUUUAC